AUGAGGGCAACAAUACUCUUCAUGUGCUUUGGCUUUGUGCUAGCUCAGCCGUUUAGCAUUCAAGUGCAGCCGCGUGAAGAAGCCGAGCAAGGCAAAAAUGCUGGAUCCGGGCUUCUCUCGAAGUUCAUAACUAAUAUGGGUAAUACAAUGCAGAAAAUUCAGCAAGAUUUCUCUGCUGCGGUCCAGCCUAAAAAUCCGGACGUCCCAACAGUUGUUCAAGAACCAGUAGUAGAGGAUGGACAACCGCAGGUUGAUCAAGAACCAGUAGUAGAGGAUGGACAACCGCAGGUACAAACACCACAAUCUGGAUUCAUCCAAGGCAUGCAGAACUUCAUGCCAGAAUUUAUCUCGAAGAUAAAGGAAAUUCCAAAUUCGUUUUCCUUCCUACCACAAAAUGGAGUGAAUCCCUUAGAAACUUUCUUUGGCAACGUGAGCAAAGAAGGACUGGAGGAACUUAAGGAUAUGGCAAAAAACGCUUCCAAAUACACUAUCAAUGAGAUGAAACAGAAAAUGGGAGAUUGGGCAAACAAAUACGGUGUAAAGGAGGAAUUCAACAAUAUUGUACUCGAACGCGAAUCGAAUAAAACCGAACUUGCAGCAAAAGCUACUAUGAUGGUCAACAAAUUGCCUAUGGCUUUCCAGGAACUGCUAGGAUAUAUGUUAAACGGGGAUCAAACGAUACCAGAAAUGAUAAAUUCGACUCAUGCUUGCUUCCAAUCUAUGGAUCCUCCUACUAAACGUUCCAUUCCUCACCACUUCAAUGGUGAAAGUCCUCUGGGUGAUCUAAACAGAUUCAGAAGACACGGUAACCACCAUGGAAUUCUCCAUCAUCCAAUGAUAGCUGCUGUUGAAGAAUCCGAAAGUGGUAUGGUACAUACUGCUGUGGAGAAGGAUGAGAAUGUGGAGAAGAAGGUGAAAAAGACUACAACAGUCAAGCCAACAACGAAGAAAGCUAAGAAAAAUUGA